UUUUUCUAUAACUUUUCAUUUCGUACCAAAACUCUCCUUUUUCUCAAAACACAUAUAAGUUUUCUCUCUAACAAACUUCCAUAUUUUCGAUAACAUGGCUUUCGAGGACAUCAUAUCCGGCGACACUUGCAUCAAGGUAGGCUUGUUCAUUCUUGUGCAAGCUCUUGUGUAUCUAAUUCUAUCAAAUUCUUCCAAUAUAUUCUCAAAGACGGCCCCUAGUCUUCGUGCAACCAGUUUUAGAACAGUUAGGUCCGUUAGCAUUCGACGAAUAAUGGCUGCUCUUUCUGACUUGCCAGCCGGUGGUGAGACUUCUCCUUCCGUCAAAGGCUCGAUGGCUUUGAAUAGACAAGACUCGGUUUCUACUACUCAUGAUCACUCUUCGUAGCUUUUUGUUUCGAUUUUUAAUUAUUUGUUUGUGAAUAUCGGAUGUGGAUUGAUGAUUCGUCAUUUGUAAUUUGUGUUAUUGUUUGAUUUGUUUGUGAAUAUCGGAUAAUCAUUAUCAUUAUCAUAGUUAAUUAUGUAUGUGAUGGAAUUAAAUCUGAACAUAUAGUGUUUGACUUUUUUUUUUUA